AUCAGCUAUACCUUUCUAAUAGUGAAGAUAGAACAACAACAACAAACUUAUACCUCAAGAUGUCUAGUAACAGAUCUGCUUUGAAAGACGUUGUCACCCGUGAAUACACCAUCAACUUACACAAAAGAUUACACGGUGUUUCAUUCAAAAAGAGAGCUCCAAAAGCUGUUAAAGAAAUCAAAAAAUUUGCUCAAAAACAAUUAGGUACCAACGAUGUCAGAUUAGACCCAAGAUUAAACCAAGAAAUCUGGAAAAGAGGUAUCAAAGGUGUUCCAUUCAGAUUACGUAUUAGAAUCUCAAGAAAACGUAACGAAGAAGAAGAUGCUGAAGAAAAAUUAUUCUCUUACGUUGAACCAGUUGUUGUUGCUUCUGCUAAAGGUUUACAAACCGUUGUUGUCGAAGAAGACGAAGAAUAA